AUGGACAAGAAAUACUAGGACCUUGUAGAUAAGAAGCUUAUAUUAGAGAAUGAACUUAAAAAUUUGGAAAAGAAUAUAUUUGAUGAAGAAACAAGAUAUUUAGAGGAAACAGGUCAUAUUGGUAAUGUGAUAAAAGGAUGGGAAGGAUUUUUGAGUAUGAAGAAUUCUAAAUUGGGUGGGAAUUAGUAAAAGAAAGGCAAAAUAAACCCAAAUGAUAGAAUAUUUUCUUAAAGUAGCAAAACAUCACCUUUUGUUUAAGAAAUAUCACAACCAGUUUAGAUCACAGGAACUUAAAAAUAAGUUUUGAAUGAAGGAGUUGGAGAAGAGAAAAAAGAAUAUCAUUUUAGAAGAACAAAGAAAAAUAAUAAAUAUGUGAGAUUUUAAAAAGGGUAUAUGAUUUUUAACUUAGUUUAGUGAAGGAGGGUAUCAUUCUCCAAUGACCUCUAGUGAUGAAUAUAAUGAAAAGAAGGGCAAGGUAAUUAAAAAAUUUUGA